AAGACGAAGAAGAGGAAGAAGAGAAGAAGAAGAAGCAGCGGGAGGAGGAGAAGGCGGAGGACGCAUCGUCGCCGCGCGGUAGACGUAGGAAGUGGAGGAAGAAGAAGCCGACGAGACGGGCGCCGCGCGCUCGCACGUUGCCGUGCCGCGCUCACUAUAUCUACUAUACACCACACGCGCGCCGUGUCCGCGUACGCGCGCGUGAAAUCCACACGUACGAUAUAUUUAUAUGCAUACACGGUGACCCGCGCGCGGAGAUAAUACAGUGUAAAUGGCGCUCUCGGCGCAGAACCAGUCGACGUCGUACGUGAACUUGUAUUACUCGAUCGUCCAGCGCGCGGCGACGCGCUACUUUAAGGAAUAUUACAACUCCGAUACUGGCGCGCCCUACGUACUGUACAAAGAUAACAUGGAGAGACCCCAGGGUCAGUGGGGCCCGGGGCCGGGAUCUCUCCAGGACGGCGGACUGUACCCGCAGCAGCAGCAACAGCAGCAGCAACAGGGUUCCACCUCGUCGGGAAGCCCGCAGCAGGCCUGUGGUCCUCCGGUCGAGGGCGAAAACGGUCCACCGCCCUCGUUAGCCUCACCCGUGCCCUCACCGUAUCCCUCGGCGCCUCCCGAGCCUCAGUCCUUGACUCCACCCGAUGACGACAUACAGUCGAGUCAGACCACGUCCCAGCAGCAGCAGCAGCAACAACAGCAGCAACAGCAAACGCAACAACAGGUCCAACAGCAGCAGCAGCAACAACAGCAGCAGCAGCAAGUACAACAGCAGCAGCAGCAGCAGCAACAACAGACGCAGCAGCAAGACCACUCGCCGCAGCAACAACUGACACCGCACGAGGUGGACCGCAGCGACUGCUUCCCCGGCGCCGGUGAGCUGCAACAGUAUCCGCAGCACUACUUCAAAGAGGCCAGGCCGCACCCCUCGCCGUCCGUGCCGCCGCACAUGCUCACCCCCGGCGGCUUCUCCGCGCUGCACUAUCUCAAGCAACCCGGGGUGAUGCUGACGUCCCUCGGCCAGGGGGACGGCGGACCCGGCCUGGACGCGCAUCAGUACGCGAGCCCGGGCGCGCCGAACCUCGCGACCGGGCUGCCCGACAUCGUGCAGCAGAGCGGCAAGUCCAGCAAGUCCGGCAACAGCGACCUGCGUCUGUUCAAGUGCUUGACGUGCGGCAAAGAUUUUAAGCAGAAGUCGACUCUGCUGCAGCACGAGCGGAUCCACACGGACAGCCGACCGUACGGGUGUCCGGAGUGCGGCAAGCGGUUCCGGCAACAAUCGCAUCUGACGCAGCACCUGCGCAUACACGCUAACGAGAAGCCGUACGCUUGCGUGUACUGCGAGCGUACGUUCCGGCAGCGUGCGAUCCUCAACCAGCAUCUGCGCAUCCACUCGGGUGAGAAGCCAUACCAAUGUCCGGAGUGCGGAAAACACUUCCGUCAGAAGGCGAUCCUGAAUCAGCACGUCCGCACACACCAAGACGUGAGCCCGCACCUGAUCUUCAAGAAUGGGAUGACGCCGACGCUCUGGCCGCAGGACGUGCCCUUCCCUCCCGAGGAGGGGAAGGAGGAGGUCGCGUCGACCUUCGGCGACACGGACACGCAGUCGGGCGCGUUCAGUCCGGCGCCGGACGCCAACUCGAUGCAGUACCCGGCUUACUUCAAGGACCCGAAGGGCGGCAACCACGCGGUGUUCGGCGCGGCCGGCACCGGCAGCUUCGGCGCGCUCCAGUACAUCAAGCAGCAGGGCGGCACGAAGAGCUGCCUGCCCGACGUGAUACAGCACGGGCGCUCGGCCGGCAUGCCGCUCUACGUGCGCUGCCCGAUCUGCCAGAAGGAGUUCAAGCAGAAGUCGACGCUGCUGCAGCACGGCUGCAUACACAUCGAGUCCCGUCCGUACCCGUGUCCGGAGUGCGGCAAACGGUUCCGGCAGCAGUCCCACCUCACGCAGCACCUGCGCAUCCACACGAACGAGAAGCCGUACGGCUGCAUGUACUGCGGCCGCAACUUCCGCCAGCGCACGAUCCUCAACCAGCAUCUGCGCAUCCACACCGGCGAGAAGCCGUACAAGUGCCAGCAGUGCGGCAAGGACUUCCGUCAGAAGGCGAUCCUGGACCAGCACACGCGCACCCACCAGGGCGACCGGCCGUUCUGCUGCCCGAUGCCGAACUGCAGGCGGCGCUUCGCCACCGAGCCCGAGGUGAAGAAGCACAUCGACAACCACAUGAACCCGCACGCGGCGAAGGUGCGCCGGAACUCGAGCGGCGACACCAAGCCGCCCGGCACGCCGGUCAGCCUCGGCCCGGUGACGGUGCCGCGCGGCCUCACGCCCACGGUGGUCAAGCCCGAGCUGUAUUUCCCGCAGUGCUACGCGCCCGCGUUCAACCAUCAGCCGCCGGUCUCGAGCGCCCAGUUCCCCGGCCAAGCGAACGGCGUCUCCGUGACCGGCGAGUUCAAGCCGCCGACCGGUCUGCCGCCGCAGUGACUAACCGUCCAUCCUGCCGCCUACUAGCAAGCAGGAAUCUCCGCGCUGAGGUUUCAGCGCUGCUUCGCUCCCGCGCUCGAGGCCGCCAACGCCGCGUCGAACGCCGCCGCAGCCGCCGCAGCGUCCUCCUCGCCCCGGUGCGCCGGCCAGCAGCCGAUCCAGCAACACUACCCGUGACAUUUGUCGUGCAUUUACUAGAGUCUUCUUGGUUUCCGUCGUUCUUUCGCAACUCGCUCGCACUUCUUGUUCCAUUGCUGGACGGAGCCUCGGAGCGCGUCGCCAGCUAGCCCCGACAGCUCGACGGUGAAGACGGUCGACCUCUUCUUCCGACGAGCGAUUUCGAAGAGGUCGACCGCGCGACGGACGCCUCCCCCAGGACCAAGUUGGCGUCUCGGCUUUUCGCGUCGCUCGGGGAAGCGAGGGGAUGACGGCCGGCUCUCUGCUCUCGUCGCGAUGAGGAUCGAAUUGUCACUCUCUCUCAGGUUCGCGCGCGACGACGCGUCUUCUUUUUUCCCUUUCUUUUCCGAUCGACCGAUCGCGCGUCUCGUUGCUCUCCACGUGCGAUCGGCAGUUCUCUCCGCCCCUUCAGGGUUAUUUCAGGAUCGAUCGUUCGCAACGGUGUGGCCGCCGACCCACGAAAUACCCGAUUCUCGCGAUCACGCACCUUCCUGCUCGCUCAACGACCAGUCCUCGGUCUCUCGCGCGAAGGACGCUGGGAAAAAGAGAGGGAGAGAGCGAUAAGCGCGCCGUCGCUCACCGUCGAGCUUCUUCUCGCUAGAGCCGGAACCAAGGUAAAGUAACCAACGAAAAGUCUCGUCUAUUCCCCUGUACUUGUUAUUUUUUAUAUACACUGAUCGAUUACGACACACGUACCCCCCUUUCCGCGUUUCUUUCGUGGACAAGCGAACAG